UGGAGAUAAUAGUAUGGUACCACUGUCAAGUGUGAAGGAAAAAGUCAUCUUAUUUCUAGCUAUGAGAUAGGAGAUAGCUUUCACACAAUAAUAAGAGAGAGAGAGAGAGAGAGAAAGAGAGAGAAAUUGUAAGCAUGUGCACAUUAGAGAAGCGCGGCAACCUCUUCUUCUUAACCCUAACCGGCGACGACGACCACCGUUUCAGCCUAACUCUCAUCGAAUCUCUCAUCUUCGCUCUCUCCAAAGUCAAAUCCCAAGCUGUCCAUGGCUCCGCACUCAUCACCACCGCCCACGGAAAAUUCUUCUCUAACGGCUUCGACCUCGCAUGGGCCCAAUCCGCCGGCUCCUCCUCCGGCGCCAUAGAUCGACUCCACCACUUGGUCGCUUCCUUCAAACCCGUCGUCUCCGCUCUCCUCUCCCUCCCUAUGCCCACAAUCGCCGCCCUCCCCGGCCACGCCGCCGCCGCCGGAUUCCUCCUCGCGCUCAGCCACGACUACGUCCUGAUGAGGCGCGAUCGGGGCGUGCUGUACAUGAGCGAGGUCGAUAUCGGCCUCACUUUGCCAGAUUACUUCACGGCUCUGAUGAGGUCAAAGAUCGGCUCCGCCUCGGCUCGGCGCGAUAUAUUGCUGGCCGGGAGGAAGGUGAAGGGAGAAGAGGCGGUGAGGAUGGGAAUCGUGGACUCGGCGGCGCACGAUAGCGAGGAGAGUGUGGUUGAAGGCGCGGUGCGCCUUGGGGAGCAAUUGGUGAAGAGGAAGUGGAACGGUGAGGUGUAUGCGGAGAUCAGGAAGAGUUUGUAUCCGGAGAUAUGUGGCGUGCUCGGAUUGGUUCCUAAAACAGUCGUGGCCUCGUCUAAGCUUUGAGACAAUAAUUUCACAUCUGAUUAUGUAAUAGUAAUAAAAAGCUGCUCUAAGCUUCUGUCAUGUCAUGUGUGUUGGAGGUAAUUUUGUUACCUUGGCUGGCUGGGCUGUUAAAAAGUUAUAGAGAAUUGUUGGAAUAAUUUGAUCAAAUUGGGAUUUGGAAAUGAAUGGAAUACUUUGAGAAAUA